AUGUAUCCACCCCGCCGUCCUGUUCCUCUCUUCUCCCUCAAGCCUCUGAAUGAAGGAGCCAAAAAGGUCGCCGAGCAUGCUUUCAACCAACAUCUUGCUUCGAAGUUGAGCGAUGGCACAACUGUCCUAGACAUUGGCUUCCAUAUACGCUCACGCUCUCAUAACACAAUUGCAACACUAGGGCGUGGGGAUACGGAUAUCUUUGUAGAUGGCUCAAACAUCUCCAAGAUCCAAUGCUCUUUCGAAAUCGAGCCAACCACCAAUUUGGUCAUGCUUUACGACAGGUCUCAUAGUCAGUCAACACAGGUCUUUGGCUCAAAUGCCACGCCAUUUGAGCAUGGGCGCCUUCGCCAAGUUGUCGUUCAGCAUCUGCUGAACGAUGUUCUGGGGAUGGGCGGCAUAGGGAAAAAUGCUGUUCAAUUCCAGUUGAUGUGGAAGCAAAAUCCUUCUCAGACGACGGAGAUUGUAAGAAAUCGAGAGGGGGUAACAAAUUACUACGACGAGAAUCCCCGGCUGGCUCGGACGACCGAUGAUCUGGAAACGGUUCCACCGUCUCAAAUGCAGACUAGAAUCCACACUCCAGGGCCUCGACAGCUGACAAUGAGAUACCUGAAGGUUGACCGACUUGGGGCUGGACAGUUUGGAGUUGUAUACAAGGCUCUCAAUGUCGACACGGGCAAGUUUCUCGCUGUCAAGAUAAUCCAACGACCUGAGGAAGCUUCAGCACAGGCAGCGUGGGAGGAGUCAAAAUACUAUGCAUUGAAACGCGAGGUGGAGAAUUUGUCCCGCAUUAGCCACCCACAUAUCGUUGAUUUCAUCACCUCCCAGGGCUGGGAAGGACCAACUGCGGAGAUAUUCAUGGGCCUCAAGGACGGCACACUUGAAUCUUUGGUCAAAGGUGGAGUUCCGGAUGUACAGGAAAUCGCCGAACGUGCCUGCUACCAAAUGCUUCAGGCGUUAGACUGCCUGGCUGAGCAUGGCAUCGUUCAUCGAGAUGUCAAGCCAGAGAACGUUCUUUAUACUGUACUACCGGGGAUGCAGUAUCACUUUCAGCUUGGCGAUUUCGGUCUAUCCAAUCACACUAUUGAUGCUAAGAGCUCUGUCGGGACCCCAUUGUACAUGGCCCCCGAGGUUCAUGACCAUGGAGUCCAGACACACAAGAUGGAUGUCUGGUCCCUUUUUGUAACAAUCGCAUGGGUACUAGACUUUGAUGGAUUCCGCCAAAGAUUACACCAUGUCACGUCCCUCCCGCAGGCCCGCGAAGCCAUCCUCGCUAUGGCAUCAAGGAUCGAAGAGAUGCGAGAAAUGGUAAGAGUCAAUCCUGACGAACGGGCCUCCGCGGCACAGAUGCUGGUCAAGCUCUUCCACGGAGAAGGCCUUACAACUCAACGGAGUCGCAUUCCACCACUCACUCCAACAAAGGUGGAAACCAGACCCGAGCCACAGUCACACCCAGGGCCCAUGCGUCAGGUCAGAUAUCAACCAGCCCAGGGUAUGCCGAAGUUUCCAAAACCACACGCGAAUCAGUUCCGUGUCCGCCUCGAGGAAAUCCUCCUCCCACAAGGAGGCGUCGUCCUCCUUCCAAUGUUGAAUAUCCUAGCUUCUUACAAGGGUUUCGUGCGUGGGCGCCACCUAGGGACUAGAGUAUGCGGCAUUGUGUAG